CUAAAUGGAGCUAUACUCUUGUUCUGCGAGCCAAAUGAUCCAAAGCAAUCACUUGUUGUAUCCAGCUCCUUGCUAUUUGCUGCUGGGUUCCUGGGAAAUCUCAUCGCCCUUUUCAUUUUGUGGCUCCACAAGCUUCAUGCCAAGAAGACAUCUGUUUUUUAUGUCCUGGUAACUGUUCUAACAGUUACUAAUCUGAUGGGGAAGUGCCUGCUCUGUCCUGUGGUUCAAGUUGCUUAUUUUCAAAAUCAGUCUUUGGUUGGUAUGACUGGCAAUCUAAAUCUAUGCAAAGUCUUUGGCUUCCUUAUGAUAUUUUGUGGUUUGGCUCCAACGUUUAUUCUCUUGGCUAUGGCAGUUGAUUGUUGGCUUGCUCUGGGUUACCCAUUUUUCUAUCAAGAAAAUAUCAACAAGAAAUUGGCUCUGUUGGUCUCACUUAUCUUGUAUGUUUUUUGCCUUGGUUUUUGCUGUUUACCUUUUUUUGGCUUUGGUAGAUAUAAACAAUAUUGUCCUGGGACAUGGUGCUUCAUACAAAUGACUGCAGAGGAAUCAAGUACAAGUGCCCUUGCUUAUUCUAUGCUUUAUGGCACUAUAAUGGGUCUGCUGAUAUUAGCUAUUGUAUUUUGCAAUUUGAUGAUUAUGAAAAACCUUUAUCAAAUGUAUAAAAGGGAAAAUGAAAAGGGCAUCCCCAGUGCCAACUUUCCAAACCAACAAGAACCUGCAGGCAUGGAGGAACUAGAACAUCUCAUUCUCUUGGCUAUUAUGACUGUUCUGUUUGCUGCCUGUUCUUUUCCAUUAACAGCACGGGUUUAUGUUGGAGCAUUUAAAGGUGAAAAAAAUGAAUAUGCUGAUCUUACAGUUUUGAGGCUUCUGUCUGUAAAUUCUACACUGGAUCCCUGGAUUUUCAUCAUCUGCAGAACAUCCAAAUUUCGUGGUCAUUUAAAGGCUCUUUGCAGCAAAAUCCAACUAUUAAGUAUUUCAAACCCCUUCCCUCUGCUAGAUGCCACCAAAUGUGAUCUAUAGCCACAGUACAGUGCUACAAGUAUGCUAUUAAGCCAACAGUCAGCAAUAUAGACAAGAGAUGUAUUGCAGCAAGGUCAAUCCAUCUAACAACUGAAAUGUUAUAUAAAACCGGACAUCAAUAUACAAAUAAAGUAUUUAUUUAAAAUUGCAUGUAAUAUCAUAGAAAGAGUCAAUUUUUUGUUUUCUGUAGGCUAGGAAACAUGUUUUUAUUAUACAGCAAUGGGAUCCCUUAUCCAGAAAGCUACAAAUUACAGGAAGGCUAUCUCCCAUAGAAUCUAUGUAAAGCCUAUAAUUCUAAAUAAAUAUGGUUUCCCAUUUCUCUGUAAUAAUACAGAGAAAUGUUUACCACUGCUAAACCUCUGCUGCAUGAAUUAAAAACAUUGUCACAGAAGUGACCUACUUUAAAUAUAAUUGCAGAAAUAACUGUGCACAGAAAUGGCUUUCUUCUGUAUUUUGCAUUGAAAAAUAUUGGAGAAAAUCAAGCCUUUAGUAAAUGAGGCCCUGUAACACAAAUAUACUUCAUUCUAACGAAACCCUCAAUGCUCAAGACCAAACGUCUAUUCCAACAUGAGUACAUUAAUUCAUGCAGAAUUUUAUAAGAAACUGAGGCCCCUCAGAUCUGCAGAAAAGAGGCACUUUUGCACUAAUAACCUGUUCUACAUUUGUUCUACAUUUGUUAACCUGUUCCAUGUCUGGAGUUUUUCAUCUUCAGUAUAGAGUCUAAUGCUGUAACAAGAAAAAGAUGAAUUUCCUUUAUAAAUGACUUCACAAGGUUAUACAUAUGUUUAAGACCAUUCUCUGCUCCGUCAAUGUCUAUGUAAUGGUUUAAAGGGAAUGUUAACCCUCAAUACAAAUAAAUGUAACAUUUCCGAGAGCAUUUUGGUUCUAAAUUUUAAGAUAUUAGCAAUUUGUAUUCUUCAGAAGAGGAGGAAACUGUUGGAUAUUACUCUGCUUAAAUAAGACCAGAUACACAUCUUUCUCUGGUCAUUAUAUGAGCAGUAUAAAAAUGUUUACUAACUCCAAACUUAGAAAAAUAAUAAAGAAUGUAAAUUACAAAAGUGCUUUGAAGAGCACUCUGAGCAAUUUUUCAUUCAUUUGCUUUGAGGGCUUACAUUUCCUUCCACUUGUUUCAAGUAAAAAUAAAAUGAAAUGUCUUUUCAAACCACAAUCUUUAUUUCCAUCACAGUCACUGACAAUAAUUGUGUGUAUGGAGUGAUUACAAAGAUAGCAAGCAAUAAACAUUAGAGAAAAAAACAACCCGUUUCAUGCUUCCAAGAUGUCGAUGUCCAAAUUCGACCACAAAGCUUCACUCAAAUGUUUUUGUUAAAAGAGCGGAAUGCAUGGGAAUUUACAGUCCUAGCUCAUUUAUUCACUGGAGUAAAAAAUAUAUAUUUACAGGAUAUGCACUGCCAUACACAACCGUAAAACUAGGCUUGAUUAUCUGAUGUCUUCCAACCCUUCAAUCCUCUUAACUAAAUUCAUCCAGCAAAAUUUUUUUUUUUAAUCCAGUCCUUUACAAUACAAUCUUCUCGGCAGGCAGAAGAUGGUCAUAGAAUGCUAUGUAAUAAAAUCUUCAAAACAUGCUGCUUCCCUAUAAAACAUGAACCUUUGCCCAUGAAGUUUAUAUUGCUUCCAGCAGUGCACAAUAAAGAGGUGUGGGUUACUUUGAUAAUGGCUGUUGAUGCUAAGAGGACUA